GUCAUGCAACGUGCAGCUGUACUUAACUGUAACAAUGCCGCCGAAUGAUGAUAUAGCAUACGCUAUGAACAUCUUGAAAUUUAUAACUCUGCCAUUAGGCAUCUGGCCACUGCAAAAAUAUAAUACAUUUUCUUUAAUUCUUUGUAUCCUAAGCGGUUCCAGUUUGGCCGUGUUAAUGAUCACGAUGUUCCUGGAAGUAAAUUUCAGUAAUGAUAAUGCAUAUAUAAAACUCGAUAAACUUAUGCUUACGUGCUGCGCCACUCUCUCUGUAUUAAAAAUAUUUUCUUUUCGCUUUUAUGCCGACAAACUGAUUCUCAAUUUUACUUCGGCCGUUACCGAUUAUCUUGCUAUCGAUACUGAGGAAAAGCGCACGAUCAUGCGACGGCACGCAUAUAUGGGAAGAAUAAUUUCCUACGGUAUCUCAAUUUUGGCUUAUGUGGCUGCAACACUUUUUACGCUAAAGCCUAUAUUAGAAAGCAAUACUCAAGUUAAUGUAUCUAUCAAGAAUCAAUUAGCAGAUUUACCCUUACCCUUAACAUGGACCUUAGGAAACUUAGGUCAUAUCUCUACAACUUUAUACUUCACACUUGCUUUGGUGCAAUAUUAUUUAUUAUUACUCAACGUCAACGGCAAUGUUGGCAAUGAUUCACUUUUCUACGCUAUCACUCUUCAUAUUUGCGGGCAAAUGGAACUUCUAAAAAUCGAAUUUACUAAUUAUGGUGUAAAAAGUGAAAACUUAAGUAAAGAACUUUUUGUACUGAUAUCAAGACAUCGUCAUCUUAUGGAGCAUGCGGAACUUCUGGUAGAUGUAAUAAGUUUCGUUUUACUUGUACAAUUGUUGUUCAGUUGUAUUAUCAUUUGCUUUAUCGGUCUAAAUUUGAUUGUGGCACUAAAAUUACAUGACGCAAUGAUGAUUAGUAAAUGCUUAUCAGUGAUAAUCACUCUGCUUUUGCAGUUGUUCUUUUAUAGUUUUGUGGGCGAUUAUCUAAAGUGUCAAAUGGAAGAUAUUGCGUACUCUAUCUACAGCUGCAAUUGGAGCUCUUUCCCAUUGAAAUUAAUGAGGAAUGUCUUAUUUGUCAUCAUGCGAUCGCAACAACCUGUUCAACUAUUAGCUGGCAGAUAUUUCGUAGUAACCAUUGAAACUUAUAUGUCCAUAUUAAAAAGUUCCCUUUCAUAUUUGUCAGUACUACGAAUAAUGAUAGAUGUAUAGAAUGUGACUAUUGAAAAGAAAAUUCGGAGAAAUAACACACCAGUAUCAUUUUGUAAAAAACUUACUAUAAAACAUAAUCAUUUUGCUUUAAAUUAAUUAAUUAAAUUGUAAGAAUAAAAUAAAAUUACUUUUUUUUUAAUUAUAUUAAUAAGGUCAUUGAACACCGCUUGAACACAAGGAUGACCAAUCUUUACACUAGUAAUUCGCGAAAGCAUUCUCAAUGGCACGCUUAAAGAAGUGUGCUAUAGAAAUAAGUUUAAAAAAUUAAAAAUAAUACAGUAAAAUAUUCAAAAUUUUCUACAUUAAUUUUUUUUACGCUUGCGUUUUCUAGCUAAUAUCUAGAUUUGUUUUAAAAAUACCAUGCAAUAUAUAUAUUUAUAAAUACUAGAGACAUGAUGUUUAUCAAUUCUUCAGUUAAUAUUAAUAAAUUUGUAAAUAAAAAACAAAUUCAAAAACUUUAUUAGAAAUAAAAAUUAUAUUUUAAACACAGUAACAUUUUGAUCUAUUUUGGUUUGAAUAAUUUAUUUUAAAAUGUAAAACAAAACACAACAAAGAAAACAAAUAUUGUAAAAAUAAAAAAAGUCUUUUUAGUUUUAAUGCAAGAAGAAAGUAUAAAAUUACAAUCAUUUUUGUUUUAAUUUCGUAAUUGACUGGCAUUCUAAAAAUUUCGAAGUGUAAUGACAUGCCAGACAAAAGAUUAGCCACCCUUGCUAUACGUAUUACUUUAGGAAGUUGUAGUAAUGCAUAAUUUGCGGUUGCAAAAAGAAUUAUCAUUUCAUACAAUUUGAUAAAUGUCAAAUAAACGAA